AUGUUCGAUCGGUUCGACGGCGACGCGGUGACCGCGGUGAAGGACGGCAUGGACGAGGCCAAACGACUGCGGCGAUCGGAAAUUAGCACCGAGCAUUUGCUCCUCGCGAUCGCCAAGCAGAGAAACGACACGUCCGCGGCCAUGCACAAGCUCGGCGGCACCGAGGACGCCAUCCGCAAGGCGUGCGCUCGACGCGCGGGGGUGAGCGAGCUCGAGCUCAUGAACCCCUUCAAGAACGGCGGUAAGGUCGCCGACGGGCUCAUCCCGCUCUCGGCCGACGUCAAGAGGCUGUUCGAGCGCGUCUCCACCGAGGCGGAGGCCUCCACGGGCGACGCCAUGGUGGGCACCAAGGAGCUCGCGCUCGCGAUGAUCGCCGACCAAACCUGCGGAGCGCACGGCUUACUCGUCGACGACCUCGACUGCGACGUCGCCGCGAUGCGCAACGAGAUCAACGGCGAGAAGAAGGAGCUCGUGGGCGCCGGUAAGAAGCUGGGGAAGAAGAAGAAGGGCAGCGCGCUGGCGGAGUGCGGCGUGGACCUGACCGCGGAUGCUCGAGCCGGGAAGUUGGAUCCCGUGCUCGGUCGCGACUCGGAGGUUGAGCGGGUGCUUCGCAUCCUCGUCAGGCGACGCAAGUCCAACCCGUGCCUCGUCGGAGACCCGGGCGUGGGGAAGACCGCGAUCGCGGAGGGGCUGGCGCAGCUCAUCGUCGACGGUGACGUCCCGGAGAGGCUCAAGAACAAGCGCGUGAUAUCGCUCCAGCUCGGCUUGCUCCUCGCCAACACCAAGUACCGCGGGGAGUUUGAGGAACGCCUCAAGAACGUCAUCGACGAGGUCAAGGCCGCCGGGGACAUCGUGCUGUUCGUCGACGAGCUGCACAUGCUCGUUGGCGCGGGCGGGACCGGCGAGGACGGGGGAAUGGACGCCGGUAACCUGAUGAAACCCGCGCUCGCGAGGGGCGAGAUUCAGUGCGUGGGCGCGACAACCGUGGAGGAAUACCGGAAGCACAUCGAGAAAGACGCCGCCCUGGAGCGCCGUUUCCAGCCGGUGCGCAUCGGCGAACCGUCGCCGGAGGACUCCCUCACGAUCCUGAAGGGUCUCAAGAAGACGUACGAGGAGCACCACGGGGUUCAGUACAAACCGGAGGCGCUGAGCUCGGCGGUCAAACUCGCGACGAGGUACAUCACCGAUCGAUUCCUCCCGGAUAAGGCCAUCGACGUCGUGGACGAGGCCGGCGCGAUGGUCCAGCUCGCGGGCGGGACCGUCGUUGACGCGUCGCACGUCGCGGACGUCGUCGCGCAGUGGACCGGCGUCCCCGUUCAGCAGCUCAGCGAGGAUGAGAGCACCACGCUGCUCAACAUCGAGGAGUCAAUCGGCGAGCGCGUCAUCGGGCAGUCCCAGGCGGUGACUGCGAUAAGCCGCGCGGUGCGCAGGGCGCGAUCGGGGCUCGCCGACGCCAGCAGGCCGGUCGCGUCCAUGAUCUUCGCGGGUCCCACCGGCGUGGGUAAGACUGAGCUCGCCAAGGCUGUCGCGCAGUCGUACUACGGAGCCGAGAAGAGCAUGGUGCGAAUCGACAUGAGCGAGUACAUGGAGUCGUUCGCCGUGUCCAGACUCGUGGGCCCGCCCCCGGGAUACGUGGGCUUCACCGAGGGAGGACAGCUCACCGAGGCGGUGCGUCGCAACCCGCACACGCUCGUGCUCCUGGAUGAGAUCGAGAAGGCGCACCCGGACGUCUUCAACAUCUUGCUCCAGGUUUUGGAGGAUGGGCGGCUGACCGACUCCAAGGGCAGGACGGUGGACUUUACCAACGCCAUGCUCAUCAUGACCUCCAACGUCGGGUCGCAGGCCAUCCUCCGCUCCAUGGACCAGGGCGACAACGGCGCGGGGAGCACCUACCAGAAGGUUCAGGCGGACGUCAGGCGCGAGCUCGGCGCCAAGUACCGCCCCGAGUUUCUCAACAGGCUCGACGAGAUCAUCGUCUUCCAGCCGCUGUCUCGGCCGGAGGUUGGGCGCAUCGCGGACCUGAUGCUGGCGUCCGUGACCGCGAGGGCGAAGGGCCGGGGCGUGUCCGUGGACGUCGAUCAGGGUUUCAAGGACCUGCUCCUCGCGGAGGGGUUCUCACCCAAGUUUGGCGCCCGGCCCAUGCGAAGGACGGUGCAGCGGCUGCUGGAGAACCCGCUGAGCGAGUGCCUCCUGGACGGAUUCGCGCGCGACGGCGAC